AUGCUCCUCGACCCGGCGAUCGCUCGAUGGAGGGGGUGCUGUCUUCGUUUGCAUCGCGCUGCCGCGAGCUGCCUUCGGAUAUGCGGAGUAGCUCUGAUGUGGCCGCAGGCAAUCGAGAUGAAGUUCACCGACCAGGGGCACUGCCCGCGUUCGCCGUUGGCCGUCAAGGAGGCCUCGAAUGCCGCGUGUGUCUACUCUCGCUGCCAGAUGUGCAAGAUGCGCUUGUCUGUGCGGGACAAGGCCCCAGAGGAGAAGGCAGUUGCCGAGGCCAAGAAGUUCGCGAAGCAGGUCAAGAAGGAGGUCGGUCUGCAGAUGAAGAUGGAGGACCAGGAGAGGAUAGCUGCCUACAGCGGUGGUCCAGGGGGCUCGUGGCGGGCGCAGCGGGCGCCGCGCGACCCGCCUCCGCCGAGGGCGCCAGGUCCGAGGUCUCUAGCGGCAGGGGCGACGUCGAAGUCUUCUGGGGCGGCCAGCGGCAUGGCCCAGGAGGAGGCCGCUCUCCUUCUUCAUCAGCGCGGCGGCCAUCUCGAGCCCUCGCUGAUACCGCAGGGACUCCCGCCGACAGCUUUCAAGAGCCCUCCGGCCGGUCUCGAGAGGAGGGGGGGGGCGCCAAAGAAGCCUCCACCACCGCUUCCGGCAGUGCAGAUGCGGGCCAUGCUCGAUCAGAUGAACCAGAUGGCGGAGCGGCUCGCCUCGGCCCAGGAGAACCUGAUGGCAGUCGCGGCGGCCGUGGCUCCAGCGCCUCUUUUGAACGAGGACAUCAUGAGGACGCUCUGGCACUCCGGCAGGCGGACGAGGCCCAGAAGGCCCUCGACGACGAGGGCAGCCCGAAGCCGUUCUGAGCACUUGGAUGUCUUUAGACGCCUGGCCAGAGAUUCAUCAAAGGAAGGGGGGUCCUGGGGCCGUUCGAUCAGGCGGCUUUCUGCGUUGGCUUUGCUCUGUCUCGCGCGGGGGCGAAGACUCCCAGCGCCCUUGUUCCUCGGGGGGCCCGCCGGAGAAGGGUCCGCGAGGGUGAAUCCGUGCUGUGCGAUGCCCUCUGGCGCCCCCUUUCGUAUCCCACCCUGA